AUGUACCAACUCACAGGAUCACUCCUCACUUGCCGGGAUCAGCCCCUUCCUCUUCGUAGGAACUCUUCGAUCAGCCCGACCAGAACCGGUAUAAACAAGACGACGUGCCUCGGUGUGAACGGCUCAGUCUGCGCAGAAGGGGCCAUCUACGAGUUCCGCUACUCCUUUCCGGUCACGGUCUUCUUCUGCAUCGCUUACACGUCCGUCUUCGUCAUAGGCGUUACCGGGAACGUCUUCGUCGUCAGCGUUGUCUACCGGAGCCCCAGAAUGCGCUCUCCGACCAACCUCUUCAUCGCGAAUCUAGCCUGCGCGGAUCUCCUGGUCAACGUCAUCUGUCUGCCCUUCACACUAGUCAGCAACGUCAUGACAGCAUGGACGAUGGGAUGGCUGGUUUGCAAGACGAUCCCCUAUCUGCAAGGCGUCUCGGUGAACGCUUCGAUAAACACUUUGGUCGCCAUCUCCGUGGAGAGGUGCUUAGCCAUUUGCUUCCCGAUGAAAUGGCAGGUGACCUCAGGGGCCGUUAAAGUCGCCGUUUUCAUCAUAUGGACCUUCUCCUUGUCCAUUACCCUUCCAUGGGCUCUCUACUUCCAGCUGAGGCCCCUCGAAGAAGGCAGUCGGUAUCAGAAAAUCGUCCACAUGGAUGAAUCUUGUAAGUGGAGACGCGACAUCGGGGACAUCCUUGGAUUUUUUUUCAGGAAUCUCCUCGGAGAACGGCUGACAUUCCAACCCAUUGUUGGCCGGGGCUUCAUUGUCGGUCCGGAAACGUCGGACAAUGCCGAGAGGUUGUGCAAGGUUGCUCCGGCAAAAUUCAGAAUCGUAUCGAUGACGGUGAAACGCGACACUAAUAAAACUAAUGGCAUAACAAGAGCCCUUUCAAAAUUGAUUGUCGGCCCCUGA